UAAUAUAGUCUUCUAUGUGAUUGUAAUAUGCUUUCUGAGAGCAUGAUAGUGUUAGGUAGUUGAGAUCCCUAUGACCAAGAAUCCUAGGUUAUAGAGGGGAGCUAGGAAAUAGGGUCUCUAUCUAGUUGAUGGAAGAUAGAUGGAAAAGGGCUUAGUCGGGAUGAUGAGCAAGGUGGUUUAUUGUUUUUAAAAUCGCACUCUAGCUCCUUAGAACUUCUGAAUUUGUGGUUUCAUGUGGUGUUUGAUUAUUUACCAUUAGGCUAUUUGUUUGAUUCUUUGGCUGUGCCUAGUACUACUUUGUUGAAUUUCUGUAAGGGGGUCUACAGGGCACGGGGCUCGUAACUUUGUGAGAGUCAGGGAGGGUAGGGUCAUUUUGUAUGCAAUUUUAACCAUUGUUUCGCAGAGAGGUCACGAUCAAAUCUAUGACAUUCCAAUUACAAAGUAGCAACUUUACAGUUGCUACCAAGUCUCCUAAUUCUCUUUUUUCUGGAAUUAUUGUAUUUUCAUAUAUUCCACACUUUGGUUUGUUGGAUAUGAAUUUUGGUAGUGCUGGUGGAGUUCCCGGUGUUGGUGGCUCGUAGGUAGUUGUUUAGAAGAGGUGUGGAUCGUACGUGUAGCGCUGGCAGAUCUAAGAAGAAAUUGGACGAAACUUACACGUUGUUCUUGUGUCCUAAGAAGCAAUUGGAGUAACCAUCAUUUAUUGUGCUAAUCUAUUGCUUGCUGGGGGGUUUUUUGCUGCUGUUUUAGACCUUGAGCUCACAGCAGUAUUUAAUUAGACAUCUAACCCCAUAUCUCUAAAUAGUUUGAUAUAUCAGUUGCAUGACUAUAAUGGGAUACCUUACGGCCUGACGCUGUGAUAGUCUUCUAGCAGCUGGAACUGCACAUGUGGAACCAUGCCCUGUGGUCUUUUCCUCUAAGGACUGGUGUGAUUUUUCCACUCAACGUAGUUGGACAAUUGUCUAUUGAUAUUUUAAGAUCAGCUGGGUGGUUUUUUCUCGAAUAGCUUGUUAGAGACUGUCUUUUCACUUGCAUACUUCUAUAUCUGUAAUAUUUGACCAAUAGUCAGGUUUCAAGUUUUUCUUUCUUUGUUUUUUUUUUUUUUAUUCUUCCCUGAGACCCAAGUCUUUGGUUGUAUGACAAUAUAAUCAAGAGAUCAUUGAAAGAAUACUUCAGUCAGGGUGAAAAUGCAGCACAUGGAAACAUGGCGGAAUGACUUAAACAACAACAAUAUAUCCAGCCUUUAUCCCACUAUGCGGGGUCGGCUACAUGAAUUCUAGACUUUCAUGUAUAUAGUGGAAUGACUUAUUUUGUUAUUUUUGUAUGGCCAGAAUUAAUUGCUGAUCCCAAGGAGAGAAAUCUAAUGUUGACAAUACUUAUCAUCAUAUUGUCAACAGUUUGUGGGAUGAUUCUCUCUUGUCUGGUUGCCUUUUCUAUUUGUCGGUUGAGGAAGGCAAUUCAAGCACUGCAGGAGAAGAGAACCAGAAAAGAUUCUAAAGAAGAACCAGAUGAUGAAGACCUUGAGUUAACUGUUUUUGAUUUGAGCAUCAUUUUUGCUGCUACUGACAUAUUCUCUUCUGGAAAUAAAAUAGGAGAAGGUGGUUUUGGCCCUGUAUAUAAGGGUGAAUUGGCCAGUGGACAAGAAAUAGCUGUGAAGAGACUCUCGGAGAGUUCUUGUCAAGGCCUCCAGGAGUUUAAAAAUGAAGUUAUUAUGAUUUCCAAACUUCAACACCGCAACCUUGUUAGACUCCUGGGAUGCUGCACUGAAGGAGAAGAAAGGAUGUUAGUUUACGAGUUCCUGCCUAACAAAAGUUUGGACAACUUCAUAUUUGAUGAAACUAGAAGCAAACUGCUACCUUGGGAAAAGCGGUUCAACAUUAUUGCUGGAAUUGCACGGGGACUACUGUAUCUUCAUGAAGACUCAAGAUUGAGAAUCAUUCAUAGGGAUCUCAAAGCAAGUAACAUCUUACUAGACAAUGAAAUGGACCCUAAAAUUUCUGAUUUUGGCAUAGCAAGAAUUUUUGGAGGAAAGCAGACAGAGGGCAUGACAAAGAGAGUUAUGGGAACUUAUGGUUAUAUGUCUCCUGAAUAUGCAAUGAGUGGUUACUUCUCGGUGAAGUCAGAUGUCUUCAGCUUUGGUGUCUUAGUGUUAGAGAUAAUAAAUGGCAAGAAGAACUGGGGAUUUCAUCACCCUGGACAUGACCUCAACCUUAUAGGGCAUGCAUGGAAACUGUGGAAUGAAGAUAGGCCCCUGGGACUAUUAGAUGAAGUAUUGAGGGAAUCAUUUUCUGCAAAUGAAGUGAUAAGGUGCAUUCAAGUAGGACUGUUAUGCGUACAGCAGCGUACAGAAGACCGGCCAUCAAUGUCAUCUGUGGUUUUUAUGCUGAGUAAUGAAAGUGCAGAGCUACCUGUACCCAAAGAACCUGGUUUUUGUGUGGAAAGUAUUUACUUGAAGAUUGAAUCACCGUCGGGUGAACAAAUUUGUGAUACUGUUAAUGAUGUUACAGUGACAGAGUUGGUUGGAAGAUAAGAGUGUCACAUUAACUUAUUUUGACACUUUUUAUACAGUUGUACUAGUUUGUACACUAGAAAUUUCUUCAAUGCAUUAUGAUUUUGAGCUGGA